AUAAAUCUGUUAUCGUUGCAAAUAGCUUCUGUCCGUAUAUCUCAUCCGUGAUGUGAUAAUAAAUGAAUGAUCAGUUCAUAUAAAUUGGAGGUGAAUCGAUGUGCUAAUCACUUCAAACUUCUCAUCUCAACCGAAGUGAGCAACCAUGGCUCUCAUCAAAAUCGCUGCCCUUGUUUUGGCUGUUGCCCAGAUCUGCACCGCAGGACCCUGUGGAUGUAUUUCCUCUUGCCAGCCAUCCUGCUCCUCAGCACCAUCUGUCACCUAUGUCCAGUCUGCUCCUUCCUGCACCUGUUCCGCACCAUCUGUGUCCUAUGUCUCGGCUCCAUCUUCCAGCUGUGGAUGCUCUGCAUCAUCCUCAAGCUGUGGUUGUUCUGCUCCAUCGGUGAGAUACGUUUCCGCUCCAGCUCAAUCCUCAUGUAGCUGUGGAUCUUCUGCCCCAUCCUCAAGCUGUGGAUGUUCUGCUCCAUCUGUCUCCUAUGUUGCUGUCCAAUCCUCAUCCAGCUGUGGAUACUCUGCCCCAUCCUCAAGCUGUGGCUGCUCUGCUCCAUCUGUCUCUUACGUUUCUGCUCCAUCUUGUGGAUGUUCUGCUCCAUCCUCAAGCUGUGGAUGUUCUGCUCCAUCUGUCUCCUAUGUUUCUGCCCCAUCCUGUGGAUGUUCUACUCCAUCUUCCAGCUGUGGAUGUUCCGCCCCAUCAGUGAAAUAUGUCUCUGUUCCAUCCUCUAGCUGUGGAUGUUCUGCCCCAUCCUCAAGCUGUGGUUGCUCUGCUCCAUCAGUCUCUUACGUCUCUGCCCCAUCCUGUGGAUGUUCUGCCCCAUCCUCAAGCUGUGGAUGUUCUGCUCCAUCUGUCUCCUAUGUUGCUGUCCAAUCCUCAUCUAGCUGUGGAUGUUCUACCCCAUCCUCAAGCUGUGGUUGCUCCGCUCCAUCGGUCUCUUACAUCUCUGCCCCAUCCUCAAGCUGUGGAUGUUCUGCUCCAUCUGUCUCCUACGUCUCUGCCCCAUCUUGUGGAUGCUCCGCUCCAUCCUCAAGCUGUGGAUGCUCUGCUCCAUCUGUCUCCUACGUCUCUGCCCCAUCCUGUGGAUGCUCCGCUCCAUCUUCU